AGUCUUGUAGUCCCUACUUUAUAAACGGUCCCUAGAAAGGGGCGGUUCUUUCCGGAAAUUAUGACCGCAGCUGUUUUCACUCCGCUGUGACUCAGAGCACACCGGACUGCAGGAAAAGAAGCCCAGCCUGUUCUACCAGAGAACUUGCCCAGGUCAGAGGUCUGUGUAGAAGCCCUUUCCUGAGCAUCCUCUCCUCUCCUCACGCCUGCCACUGUCCUCUGCAUUGCUGUCAAAUUAAAUCUUGUAUCACCAUGGUGCACUUCUAUGGCCUACUCACCCUCCAACGGGAGCCAGUGCCACUGAAGAGUAUCUCUGUGAGCGUGUCCAUUUACGAGUUUGUGGCUGAUGUGUCUGCAACUUUGAACUAUGAGAACGAGGAGAAAGUUCCUCUGGAGGCCGUCUUUCUGUUCCCCAUGGAUGAAGACUCUGCUGUUUACAGCUUUGAGGCCUUGGUGGAUGGGAAGAAAAUUGUAGCAGAAUUACAAGACAAGAUGAAGGCCCGCACCAACUACGAGAAAGCCAUCUCCCAGGGCCACCAGGCCUUCUUAUUGGAGGAGGACAGCAGCUCCAGGGAUGUCUUCUCUUGCAAUGUGGGUAACCUCCAACCUGGGUCGAAGGCGGCAGUCACCCUGAAGUAUGUGCAGGAGCUGCCUCUGGAAACAGAUGGGGCUCUGCGUUUUGUCCUCCCAGCUGUCCUGAAUCCUAGAUACCAGUUCUCUGGGUCGUCAAAGGACAGUUGCCUUAAUGUGAAGACUCCUAUAAUCCCUGUGGAGGACCUGCCCUACACACUCAGCAUGGUCGCCACCAUAGAUUCCAAGCAUGGCAUUGAGAAGGUCCAAUCCAACUGCCCCUUGAGUCCCACUGAGUACCUAGGAGAGGACAAGACUUCUGCUCAGGUUUCCCUGGCUGCUGGACACAAGUUUGAUCGGGACGUGGAACUCCUGAUUUACUACAGUGAGGUGCAUACCCCCAGUGUGGUUUUGGAGAUGGGGAUGCCUAAAAUGAAGCCAGGUCAUUUGAUGCGAGAUCCAUCAGCAAUGGUGAGUUUCUAUCCAAAUAUCCCGGAAGAUCAACCAUCAAAUACCUGUGGAGAGUUUGUCUUCCUCAUGGACCGCUCGGGAAGUAUGCAGAGCCCCAUGAGUAGCCAGGAUACAUCUCAGCUGCGCAUCCAGGCAGCCAAGGAAACACUGAUUUUGCUGCUGAAGAGUUUACCUAUGGGCUGUUAUUUCAACAUCUAUGGAUUUGGCUCUUCCUAUGAGGCAUACUUUCCGAAGAGUGUGAAGUACACUCAGCAAACGAUGGAGGAGGCUCUGGGGAGAGUUAAGCUUAUGCAGGCCGACCUAGGGGGCACUGAAAUCUUGGCACCACUCCAGAACAUUUACAGGGGACCCUCCAUCCCAGGCCACCCCCUACAGCUUUUUGUCUUUACAGAUGGAGAAGUUACAGACACAUUUAGUGUAAUUAAAGAAGUUAGGAUCAACAGACAGAAACACAGGUGUUUCUCAUUCGGUAUCGGAGAAGGUGCCUCCACCAGCCUAAUAAAAGGUAUUGCCCGGGCAUCAGGCGGCACCUCAGAAUUUAUCACAGGCAAAGACAGGAUGCAGUCCAAGGCUCUCAGGACUCUGAAACGCUCUCUGCAGCCUGUGGUAGAGGAUGUCUCUCUGAGCUGGCAUUUGCCUUCUGGUCUGUCUGCUAAAAUGCUUUCCCCAGAACAGACCGUCAUCUUUAGGGGUCAGAGAUUAAUCAUCUAUGCCCAACUGACCGGGAGGAUGCCAGCAGCAGAGACAACAGGAAAAGUAUGCCUUAAAUACACACUCCAGGGCAAGACUUUUGAGGAUAAAGUGACAUUUCCUGUACAACCCAAGCCUGAUGUCAACUUCACCAUUCACCGCCUUGCUGCCAAGUCCUUGCUCCAGACCAAGGACAUGGGCCUCAGGGAUACUCCAGCAAGUGAUAAAAAAGAUGCAUUGAACCUUAGCCUUGAGUCUGGUAUCAUAAGCUCCUUCACAGCUUUCAUUGCUAUCAAUAAGGAGCUCAACAAGCCAGUUCAGGGGCCUCUGGCUCAUAGGGACAUCCCAAGGCCAAUGCUGUUGCGUGCUUCUGCCCCAUUGAAGAUAAGAUGCCAAUCAGGUUUUCGAAAGGCCUUAUCCUCCGACCAUCCUCCAUCUGCAUCUCAGCCCAGAAGGGGAGUUAUGUGUUGUGAGGCCGUCUCAUUCCAGAUGGACAAUUACAGUCUCUGUGGGUUGAUAAAUCACAAGGACCGGCACAGUCCAGGCUUUGGAGAGAAUCAUCUUGUGCAGCUGAUUUACCACCAAAAUGCAAAUGGUUCCUGGGAUCUGAAUGAAGAUCUAGCCAAGGUCCUAGGUGUGAGUUUGGAAGAAAUAACGGCUGCACACCCUGCUGAGCUUGUGGAUUCCUCAGGCUGGGCCACCAUCCUGGCCGUGAUCUGGCUGCAUGGCAAUGGUAAGGACUUGAAGUGUGAAUGGGAGCUUCUGGAAAGGAAGGCCAUGGCCUGGAUGCGUGUCCAUGCAGGUAGGAGCACAAUCCUAAGGCCUGUCUCCUUCCCCUUCCCUGGCCUGGCAGAAGGUUACCACAAGAGAGUCCCAUUGUCACCUGUCUCCACCAUCCUGCUUUACUAAUCUUCCUGCUAGUUAUUUUCUUGGGAGGACAAGGGUGAAAUCUUAAAUUGGGGACAAGGUAGGCGGGUGAGUAGGGAGGGAGAGGGACACGAAUGGGGAGUGUGAACUGUGAGAAGGAUAAGUGGCAUUGAUUCUCCUUACUGUCUCAGUACCAAGCUGAGUAGAAGACUAGACUUGGAGCGUUUUCUCCCGUCUGUUUGUUACCUCACUGCAGCUGAGUGUAUCUGGGGCCAGAGAAGAUUCAAGGAGAAUCUGGGCAGUAAGAGGAGAAAAAGCAGGGAUAUUGAGGACAGAGAAAAGCACAACUCAGCGUAGAUGAUCUGGGAGGUUUGGAGGAGCCUCUCACUGCGAUCCUUCAUCCCUGAUUCUUGUUUUUCCUC